UGUCAUGUCUGAGGAGCUCUGUGAAUGAGCUGCUGAGGCGUGCAGCUCCUCAGGAGACGAAUAAACUGAGAGUCCACAACACCUGCAGAGGCCUGAGACGCAAGGUGUAAGCAUAGUUAGAUAUUAAAAAUGGUUGUAGAGGGUGAGAUGGAUUCCAAUGUUACGGAGCCGGAGAGCUUUUGGGAUAUGCUCCAGGAGAUGGACCCUGUGUGGACCACCACUGUUCUCCUGGUGCCAUGUGUAGUGGUGCUGACAGCUGGAUUUUUCUACCUCUAUAGUGUGGUCAUCAGUCUGUUGUCUAAAACAUCUGUACGCAACAAGGUGGUGGUUAUAACUGAUGCUUUAUCUGGACUUGGAAAAGAAUGUGCAGGUGUGUUUCACAGAGGAGGAGCGAGGCUGAUCCUGUGUGGGAAGAGCUGGGAGAAACUUGAGGAACUCGCAGAUGAAUUGGCAAAUGCCUCGGACCCAACUGUAACGUUUCCUUCCAAACUAGUGCUGCUGGAUUUUGGAGAUAUGGAGAGCAUGCCUGAGGUGAUCUCAGAGAUCCUGGAGUGUUACGGCUGCCUGGAUAUCCUGAUUUUCAACAGCAGCAUGAAGGUCAAAGCUCCUGCACAGAGUGUGUCAUUGGAGAUGGACAAGUUACUAAUGGACAACAACUACUUUGGACCAGCCACACUGGCCAAAGGUUUGCUGCCCUCAUUGAUCUCCAGAAGAACUGGUCACCUGCUUCUGGUAAACAGCAUCCAGGGGAAGCUGGCUGUGCCUUUUCGCACUGCAUAUGCAGCCUCGAAACAUGCAGUUCAGGCCUUCUUCGACUGCCUGAGAGCUGAGGUGGAGGAGUACGGCAUCUCUGUCAGCACCAUCAACCACACCUUCAUCAGUCCCUCUGCAUCAUCUGAAAGCACAGAGGCAGAGACCACCAAAUCCAUCUGGUCAUUGCUGUACACAAAGAAACCUCUGGGCGUUUCUCCUGACGAGGCAGCCUCUGAGAUUGUGAAGACUCUAAGCAACAAGAGGAAAGAGGUGGUAAUUGCUCCCUCGCUCCCUAAGGUGGCCAUCUACACCAGAUCCUUCUUCCCUAAUGUGUUCUUUGCUGUGAUGGCUGCAGGAGUGAACAACGCUGCUGCUGCUGAGAACAUGUAGAGCUGCUAGACUCACGAGCGCCUAUUCAUCAAUGUUGACAAUAUAAAUGCAAUAUAUUAAAUAUUAAAAGCUGUUGUUUGUCCCGUUGUUACACCAAUUCUUUUCAACUGCAAUGAAAAUGUGAGCCCCCAGACAUUAAAACCAUUUGGGCCAGGGUCUUAAAUGUGUUGACAGGAGUGCCGUUUUAAACUAAUAGAAAUUCAACUUAUAUAUAAAGAGAGAGAGCGAGAUAGAGAUAGAGAGAGAGAGAACAGGCUAUCUUCACAACCAAAGGAAAUAUCAUAUGUAUAGUUAUGUGCUGACUUUUCCAUAGUUUGUCAAUCAGAAAAAUAUGUUGAUAUUUCAGUUUAACAUACAUCAAACAUCAUCAGGAUGCAGAAUUAAGAAAUAGUCCAUUAUGAAGACAACGUUGUGUCUGUUCUUGUGUUUGUGAAUUAACAAAUAAAACAAUUUAUGAGUAAUUAAAUUUUUCACAAUGUCAGUUUUCAUUGGAAACUUUUAUUCUCCAUAGUUGAAUUAUUUGUUUGUCUGUUG